CGCGGCUUCUGCUUGGCCUGGAGCAGACCUUUCAAAUUGUCACUAGCACCGUGCGAGUUGAGCUGAUGAGUUCUUUGAAACGCGGCCAUGAGUUCUGCAAAGCCCUACAUUGGUUGCAAAAUAGGGUUACUUUCAAAAGCCCAAAAUCGCUAUGAAGGGAUUUUGUAUACAAUCGACAAAGUGAACUCCACAGUUGUGCUGGCGAAAGUCAAAUGCUUCGGAACGGAGGGGCGACCUACCGACAGACCCACACCCCCCAAAGAUGACAUUUACGAGUAUAUCACCUUCCGUGGAAGUGACAUCAGAGAUGUCACAUUGUGUGAAGACCCAGAGCGCCAUGGUCUACCUCCAGAUCCAGCGAUAGUGCAGUCAAGUGUGAGGCCAUCAGGUAUUUACCCACACCUUGGACCAUUUAGUCCACUCCAGUUGCCUGCCUACAGCCAUCUUGCGGCCAAUUCACUUCUUAAUCAUCAGUAUGCUGCGGCUCUUGGGUUUGGGACCAUCUUCCCGGGCUUGCAUGUUCGAAAAGCCCCGAUGGUGGAAAAGGCAGUUCAAACCCUUCAUGUGGAAGGGUUAGAAAAGAGAGUUGUGGUUGUUCCCCAGGAGCAAGAUCAGGACUGGGAGAAGAGAAAGCCCUUAAGGGUGAGAGGAGAAGCUACUAUCAGAAGGGGCUUUGACUCUACCAUAAGAUCAAGCCCGACUGUGCCCACUUCUCUCCAAGAACCCUCUCAGCAGCAAAAUGGAAAUGGGCCUCUUCCCCGACGCCAAGUUGUAGGCGCCCGAAGACGCAGGAACCGCAGUCGGGGCUUGCUGAUGAUGGCGAGGGUUCAGUCGGCCACGCUGAAAUUUGACACAGACUUUGAUUUUGACUCCUCAAAUGCGCAGUUCAAUAAGGAGUUGGAGCGCGAGGUGCAGGAUAGAUUAAAUAUGAAAGAUGGAAAUGACAAUACAGGAGAGAAACAAAUCAGUGAUGCAGACCUAAAUACAGAGGAUCAUUUCGGACCAAAAUGCUACUAUGACAAAGCAAAGUCAUUCUUUGAUAAUAUCUCCUCUAAUAAUAAACUCGGACUAACCUGGGCGGAGGAGCGGAAGCGCAAUCUGGAGACAUUUGGGGUCCCAGGAUGGUUCCGCAAGGGCCAGUCCUUCAGAGGGGGAUAUGCUGGAAGAAGGGGACGAGGCACAAAUCUCACUCGAAUUCCUUAUCGAGGCAAUAACGGACAGCUGUAAAGGUCAGGGUUGACGUAUGCCCCCUGAUGAAUUAUUUUCUCAGGUCUGGUUCUCUUUGGGAACAAAUCCUUCUGUGCUGUUUGAUGUACUGUAUACCGACAUUUUGCAUGAGACUGCAUAGCAAAUGGUACACAAUUUGUAUCUAAGAUUGCCUGAAGUACUUCAGUUUUUGUAAUUUUUUUUUUUUUUGAUUUGCAGAAUUUGUUGUUGCCAAUAUUUUUUUUUCAUAAAUAUUUGUGCAAAUAUGUAACUAGGUUGGCCUGAGCUUGAGGCUUAAUUUUUUGUUUGAUGCCAUGUAAAUAAAUGUGAAUCGUCCA